CUUAUGACUAAGGUCUAGUACAGUAUAUGUAGCGGACUGGAUAGACUUCUUUAGCAGCUUACCGUUACCGGGAUGCAAGCGUUCUGAACCAGGACUCAUACAGCUCGUGCUUGUCCCCAUUGGUAGCCUUGAAUUGGCUUAGCCAUUGCUCUUCGUCUUUUUCUUUUGCUGAUCAGCAUGGUUCUAUCCUCACUCACCAUCAGCCAGAUCAUCUGCGCUACCCUGGUCCCCCUCGUCUGGGCCCUGCUCCACGAGCUUCUGUGCUCCCCUCUUCGUCACAUACCUGGGCCUCCGCUAGCUCGAUUCACAGACCUCUACCGCGCCUUCCUUACCUAUCGCGGGGGCGUCGAACUUCAUUUCCGACGUUGGCACCGCGUAUAUGGCACGGCCGUUCGCAUCGGCAACAAUGCUGUGAGCAUCAACGACCCGGCCCUUAUUAAGGACAUAUACGCAUUCAAAGACGAGUGGAUCAAGAGCGACAUGUACCGCCCGAACGAUAUCCUCACCCAAGGCCAGCGUCUCCCAAACCUCUUCAAUACCCCGAGCAAGAUCCUACACGCUAAGCUCUCUUCUCCUAUUCGUGGCUUCUGGUCUCUCAAUAGCAUCCUCAAGAUGGAACCUCUCAUUGACGAGACCACCUCUCUCCUCCUCUGCUCGCUAGAGUCGCGCUUUGCGGACAAGGACCAAGAAUUCUGCAUGAUGGAUGAGUGGCUGACAUACUACGCCUGGGACACCGUCGCUAACGUUAGCUUCGGGCGAGCCUACGGGUUUCUUGAGAGGGGCGAAGACGUUGACAAUAUCAUCGCCGAGUCUACCUCUGGGCUCAAGUACUUUGCCUUCGUGAGUCAGGUCCCUGGACUGGACGAUUGGCUUGAUAAGAAUCCAGUCAUUCGCAUAGGGCCGAAACCCUUCCUGAAUGGAUUCCUAAAGGCCGUCGAAGUCAUCUCCGAAUACAAGCAGCGUGCUUCCUACAGCGAGUUCAGGCGGGGGUCGACCCAGCAUUUUCUAGACAAAUACAGCGCUCUAAAGGGUACUGUCGACGACGCUCAGAUCACCAAUUGGCUGAUGCUCAACAUCAUCGCCGGAGGAGACUCGACAGCGGGCGCCAUGAGGAGUGUGAUCUACCAUGUCGCCAGGAAUCCACAAGUGCAGGUGAAACUCGUUCAGGAACUCGACAAAGCAGGGCUUGAUAUCCCGGCCCAGUGGGGGGAUAUCAAGUCUCUUCCAUACCUGGAUGCUGUCGUCCGCGAGUCCUAUCGGAUUUCGCCGGGACUCGGACUUGUGCUCGAACGCGUAGUUCCUGAGGGAGGCUUCGAGCUGCCGGACGGUCGUUCUCUCCCCGGCGGUACAAAAGUCGGCAUCAAUCCCUGCGUCGUGACACGAGACGCGGAGCUCUUUGGUCCGGACGUGGAAACGUACAGGCCGGAGAGGUGGCUGCGGGAAAGCAUGGAGGAAGAGGCACAGUUUCAGACCAGGUACCGGAAGAUGAUGCAGGUUACAGAUUUCGGGUUUGGGGCCGGCACCCGCGUCUGCCUCGGCAAGCACCUAGCAAAGAUCGAGCUAUACAAGCUGGCUGCGACGCUCUACAGUACAUUCGACCUUCGUUUGAAAAGCCCACAACACGAGUGGAAGACCUUCAACGCAUGGUUCAUGUAUCAGACAGACAUGCCCAUGAUUAUCAGCAAGCGGGCACAGCGGAGAAGUUGAGCACGAGAAAGUAAACAUUCAACGGAUCAGAAGUCCGCUGAACCUGGCCAAAGGACCUUCUUCGCAUGACACGAAGUAGGUACAUGAUGCCGUCAUAGAUAGGUACGAUCAGCUGCCAAGAAUCUACGAACGCGAGCCAUUCUACACUAAGACACGGUAUAAUCAGCGGCCGCCUGGCCGUCGCCAGAGCUUCGUUCCUGUGAGGUUGGUUGAAAUUACAUAUACAUGGUAUAACAAAUCCCCAC